AUGUUACAAAAUGGUGUAUCCAUAUUGCACGAUAAUGCGCGGNGUCCUCCGGACUUUGAUUUAUUUCCUAAACUGAAGAAACCACUUAGAGGGAUCCGUUUUCCCAACUUAGAUAUACUAAAUGAAGAAGUGAGCCGAAGGAUCCGUGAACUCAACAAAGAUGGCGUCCUAUGCGGCAUUCAAGCGCUCCCGGAACGAUGGCAAUCGUGUAUAGACAAGCAGGGAGAUUAUAUCGAAGGUCUAUAA